AAACUAAACUGUCAUACUCUGAAUCGCUCACCAAAAGCCCUAGUUUGACAGCUCUCUUGCAUUUCGCCUGAAGCCAUGUCGAGGAGAAAGGUUAGGGAGCCCAAGGAGGAGAAUGUUUACACUCUUGCACCUGCUGUUCGAGAAGGCGAGUAUGUUUUUGGGGUGGCUCACAUUUUUGCUUCUUUUAACGACACAUUCAUACAUGUGACGGAUUUGUCUGGAAGGGAAUCAAUGGUUCGCAUCACCGGUGGAAUGAAGGUGAAAACUGAUAGGGACGAGACUUCCCCUUAUGCAGCCAUGCUUGCAGCACAAGAUGUUUCCCAACGCUGCAAGGAGUUGGGUAUUACAGCCCUUCACAUAAAGCUCCGAGCUACUGGAGGUAACAAGACCAAGACACCAGGUCCUGGUGCCCAGUCAGCACGCAUAGGUACAAAUCUUUCAUCCUCUGGGUUCAAUUUCAUUGGUUCCAUUUACUUACUUCAACACUCUGUAAACUGACAAUCUAACUUUU